AAUCAAGCAGAUUCCUUUAACUUAGCUGUCGCUGUUACCGCUCUGCAGCUGUCAACACAGUUCGAAUUAGCAAAAGUUAAAGGUUGUUUUUGCGCAGCCACGUUAGAGCGCUUCAGAUCUUUCAAUCAUGCAGGCCAAUUUUCUCCCCCUGCUCCUCCUCCUCCCUCCGCCACCGUUAAAUGGUCUAUGACGGACGAACACAGAAAAUCAGCGGAAAGCAGCGCUGCUGAUGUCCCAUUGUUGACAAAUCCAAGAAACAACUCCAGUUUGCAUGGUUUAACGGAGAGCGGAGAGAGCAAAGCUUUGGAAGCGAAGGAGAGAUGAGAGGUGGGGGGUGUGGCGUCACCGAACCACGUGUCCAGCUCUGAUAGUAUAUCUUAUACAAGGGGGGAAAGUAAUCUAUCAGUCAGUCCGGUUAAAAAGCUCCGGCCUUUUUUCCAAAAGCAGAAUGUGUCAGUUCGACUCAGCUCGCCAAAUAUCGCUGGUUUAGGACGCGCGCCGCCGCUCAGGAGAGACGCCGGAGCGCAAACGGCAAAAAAAAAAAAAAAAAAGUUGCGCUUUCUCUCAAAACAACUUCUGAGGCAAAAACGCACCGCUCUGCAGGCCCCGCUAACUUCCAGCGUGGGGAAUAUUUCUUGAAGUUUGAAGUUUUUCUGCACACCUUCAGAUCGUUGGAGACCUCCGAUUUUUGUCCAGCAGACCCCCGGUGUGCGCGCACUGGCCGCUGCACAGCUGUUUCCACUCCUGUGAGUUUCUUCUUCUCCCAUUCUUUUUUUUUUUUUUACAUUAAAGUGUGAGUAAGCCGUGAGAUGACCCUCUCUGGAGGCAGCGAUCGAGCCAGCGACAUGUCCGGCCAAACUGUGCUCACAGCCGAGGACGUGGAUAUCGACGUGGUGGGCGAGGGAGACGAUGAGGGAAUGGAGAGGGUGGACAGCGACUGCGACAGCCCGGGGGGAGGCAGCAUCCUGCACGGCUUUCGAGGAGAGCCGGCCGACGAUGACUUGGAGGACGAGAUCGAGGUGGAGAAGGAGGAGAUGAGGUCCGGAGGAGGGAGCCCAUGCUGCGAGAGCUCCGGGGAAGGAGAGCCGGGCGCAGGGAAAGGAGAGGGUCACGACCAGAGCGCAGCGACGGGAGGAGCGAUCCAGAAGCCCAAGAGCAGCUUGGUGAAACCGCCUUACUCCUACAUCGCUCUCAUCACCAUGGCGAUCCUCCAGAGCCCGCAGAAGAAGCUCACCCUCAGCGGGAUCUGCGAGUUCAUCAGCAACCGCUUCCCCUACUACCGGGAGAAGUUCCCGGCGUGGCAGAACUCCAUCCGGCACAACUUGUCUCUGAACGACUGCUUCGUGAAAAUCCCCCGGGAGCCCGGCAACCCAGGAAAGGGCAACUACUGGACCCUGGACCCGGCUUCAGAGGACAUGUUCGACAACGGAAGUUUCCUUAGGAGGAGGAAAAGGUUCAAGAGAGUUCAGCCGGACGUGCUCAGGGAUCAGACCGCACUCAUGAUGCAGAGUUUCGGGGCGUACAGCCUCGGAGGCCCCUACGGGAGGCACUACGGUAUCCACCCGGCUGCGUAUUCCCACCCGGCGGCUUUGCAGUACCCGUACAUCCCACCUGUGGGGCCCAUGCUCCCGCCGGGCGUCCCCCUGCUGCCCUCGGCGGAGCUCAACAGAAAGGCGUUCAACUCUCAGCUGAGCCCGAGCCUCCAGCUGCAGCUCAACAGCCUGAGCACGGCGUCAAUGAUCAAAUCCGAGCCGUCGAACAGGCCGUCCUUCAGCAUAGAGAACAUCAUCGGGGUGUCCAGCUCGUCGUCCGUGACGCCGGGCGCAGCGCAGGCUUUCCUCCGGCCUCCGGUCACCGUUCAGUCGGCCCUGCUGAGCGCGCAGUCCCUCUCUCUGACCCGGACCUCUGCCGCGAUCGCUCCCAUCCUCAGCGUCCCUUCAAAUAUUAUUUCUGGACACGUUUUACCUUCAGCGACGGCGGCAGCGGUCUCCAAAUGGCCCUCACAGUGACUGAAGAGCAAGAAAAAAAAAAACCCUCUUAUUUUUAUAUAGAGACUUUAUCGCUGGGAGGCGUGAAGAGCACAAAUCAAUAGGCAGCACUGGACUGUAAAGCCAUGAAAAAGACUCUUGAAAUACAAGAGAAAUGAAAAAAAAAUGAAAAGAAAAGGAAAGUAUUUCUGUACAGGUAACAUUUGUAAAUAUUUGUAAAAAAAAGGGAGAAUAAUUUUACCCGUCUGACUUUUAUCUGUCCUUUGUUCCUGUUUGAGAUCUGUGAUAAUUAUUUUGAUUUUUCUUUUUUUCUAUUGGAGGCUCGACUUGACACAUUUCAUACAAGACACGAUCAAGUGCAAAAAGACUGUUUAUAAUAAUAUUAUUAUUAAUAAUAAUAAAAAAAUCAAAUAUAUGUAAUUCUAUGUAGUUAUCUGGUGUUGUAAGCUGAAAUUAUUUGUAAAUAAAUUUAUGAAAAAGUUAAAA